GCAGGGAGCUGAGCCAGGGAAGGAAGAAUGCGGGUCCAUUUAAUGGUGUUCUGCCUUAUUUCCUACACCGUGAAUGGGCAAAUAGAGUAUUCCAUCUCCGAAGAAACUGAACGUGGUGUGUUUGUUGGGAAUAUAGCAAAGGAUUUAGGAAUAGAUGCAACUACACUUUCACUCCGGAAAUUUCGCAUGAUCACCAGCUCAAAACUAACCGCUCCCGCAGCGGCUGCUGUUCAGGGUGCUGCUGCCCACUGGAUGAGCAUGAUAAGUAUCGCUUCAACGUGCGCAUGCUCCCAAGAUCUCAUUUAACACCUGACAUGGUGGAAGUCUCAGGAGUGGGCAAACUGACCGAGACCUAUUUGUACAGAGCUUCUGUGGGUGUUGGCCCUAGCAAUAACCAUUUACUGCUGAACGGAGACGCUGGAAAUCUUUCUAAUGGCUCAGGAUUACAA